AUGGCAAGCAGCUUAGCUCAGCUCGAGCCAGUUCAGUCAUGGCACGUGUCCUCGUCGGAAUCACCUCCGGGUGCUAGCGGUAUCGCAAUUCUGGCCGCUCUCGUCACCGUUGCCUACCUUUACAACGAUAUUAACAACUUUUUUCGACGACACCAUGAAAGACAUGGAGGAAUUCAAGGUCGAUCUCCUCGUCAGGUAUUUGGAAGAAAAAGAAUAGCUGUGAAGAGGCACGAUACCGCCGCCAAAGUCUCGGAAGGGACCUGCAGCAAUUGUGGAGCACAACCCAACAAUUGCCCAGCUGGACCACCAGGACCACCGGGUACCCAACACCUGGAGAGCCUGGAAAUCGAUGGUGAAGAUGGGCAACCGGGAAUGGCGAAUACCGCUCCUGCCUACGACAUCCCAACUAAGGAGAAGGAUUCAUCUUGCAUCAUGUGUCCUCCAGGAGAGCCUGGACCACCUGCCUGA